GGCACCACAUAAAAAAAAUAAAAGAAUAAUAAAUUAUCCGAAACAAACGCAGAGAAAGAAAGAGAGAAGAAAAAAUGGCGAUGUUAUCACCACCACCGUCCUUGCAACUCUCCCUCUCAUUCCCUCUCUCUUCCUCCAAACCCCAUCACCGCAGGCUCUUCACCCUCCGAGCCACCGACUCGGAAACCCCACCCUCCGGUUCGGACCCCUCCGAGCCCGAACCGGACGCCUCCGACGACGACGACUUCGACAGCCGCAUCAACCAGCUCCGCCUCCGCUACCGCAGCGGCACGGGCAAGAAGGCGGAGAUCCGAAAGAGCCGAAAGUCCAAGAAAGGCUCUUCCGGGUCACCCGGGUCUGCCGUGUUCCUGCCGCCGGUGGCCCUCAAGGAGCCGGUCUCCGGCGGAGUGAAGGUGGAGUUAGGGUUCAGCCACUACAGCGAGCGCUUGAACGGUCGCAUUGCGGCUCUGGGUCUGGCGGCGCUGUUUCUGGUGGAGCUUGCCACCGGAAAAGGCGUUAUUAACUAUCACACGCCGGCUAUUAUUCUGAUUCAGAUCUACUUUGUGGCUGCGGUUGGAGCCGUCUUUGUUAAGUAUGAGAAGGAGAAGAUCAGCGUUUGGCCCCAACCUGAUUCUUCUUCAACUAACAAAUGAAAUUGUUUUUUUCCGUUUGUUGGAGCCAAACGCGCUUCUACUUUUUGCUAAUGUAGUGUAAUUAUUAUUAUUCUGUUUAAAUGAAUGUUGUUUGCAGGAUGAAUUGUGGUUUUGGAUUUGUAAUUAUAUUAUAUGGUGUCCUUGUUGGAGAUUGAGAGAGAUCGAAGUUCAAGGUCCUUUUACGACUGUGUUUCUGAAUGAAAUUGUCAUUUGGAAUGAAUAUAGCUGAUGUACAAGCCAUUGCUCAUGAUAAUAAUAUUGGUCUUCAAAACAAAA